AGGUUAACAACUGCUGCGCCUGCGCACUCUCAGGGCUCUGGGUGGGCGGGGACGGAAAGACGACUCUUGAGAGCCUGUUUUCCCCGGAAGUGCCUCCCCUCCUUCCGAGUCCGCGCGGCCUCUGCCGCCCUACCUCAUUCGUGCUCGCCCCUCCCCGUCCGUCUCCGCGUCGUGGUUCCUGGUUGGUGCUUCCUGGUCGCAGCGCGGCAGUGAGUAUCAUCAGCAUUACUACUUUCCAGAAUGUUUGGUGGCUAUGAAUCAAUAGAAGCCUACGAAGAUGAACUUUAUCGUGAAGAGUCAUCCAGUGAGCUGAGCAUUGACAGUGAGGUGGAAUUUCAGCUGUACAGUCAGGUUCACUAUGCCCAAGGCCUUGGUAAUUCCAGCACGGAGGAAGUACAGAAAGAAAAGGACUCUGGGAAUUCUGAAUCACUGAGUAACCAACCAGAUCAGAAGAAUUUAAUUGUCCUUUCUGAUAGUGAAGUCAUUCAGCUAUCAGAUGGGUCAGAGGUCAUCACUUUGUCUGAUGAAGACAGUAUAUAUAGAUGUAAAAGAAAGAAUGUUAGAGGCCAAGCACAAGAAAAGACCCGUGGUUCUCUUCUGGCUUGUGAAUUGGCUGGCAAGAAAUGCAGGCGGAAUAUCCAGGCGUUAAACCCUGAACAGAGGUCAGAUGGGAUCCAAGACGUCAUGGUGAUAGAAGUCAGUUCAAGUGAGGAGGAAGAGAGCCUCAUUUCCGAAAGUGAUAAUGUGGAAAGCUGGAUGCUGCUGGGAUGUGAAGUGGAUGACAAAGAUGACGGUAUCCUUCUCAACCUUGUAGGAUGUGAAAACUCCGUUACUGAAGGAGAAGACAGUGUAAACUGGUUCAUCAGUGACAGAGACAUUGAGGCACAGAUAGGUAAUAACAGAGCUUCUGGAAAAUGGACUCCACGAUACUAUUCAGUCAACAAAAAUGUUACGUGUAGAAAUUGUGACAGAUGUGGCCAUUUAUCAAAAAACUGCCCGUUACCACAGAAAGUCCGUGCCUGCUGCCUAUGCUCCGAGAGAGGACACCUCCAGUAUUCCUGUCCAGCGCGGUUUUGUUUCGACUGCUCUUUGCCUAUGUCUUCUACUCACAGAUGUCUUGGAAGAUCUUCCUGGAGAAAAAGAUGUGAUCGAUGUGACAUGUUGGGCCACUAUGCUGAUGCUUGCCCAGAAAUCUGGAGGCAGUAUCACCUAACGAUCAAACCUGGACCACCCAGAAAGCCGAAGACUCCUUCUGGACAGUCAGCCUUAGUGUAUUGUUACAACUGUGCACAAAAAGGCCAUUAUGGACACGAAUGCACAGAAAGACGAAUGUUUAGCCAGACGUUUCCCACAUCUCCAUUUAUCUUCUAUUAUGAUGACAAAUAUGAAAUUCGGGAGAGAGAACAGAGAAUAAAAAGAAAAGUAAAAGAACUCCAGAAAAAUGGGGAUUUCCCAAGGCCAUUCAAGAGACCUCAUAUGGAAACAUCCAACAAUAAGCCGAUGGAUACAAAGAAGAGCCAGUGGAAAAGCAACAGGUGGCCUCGAGAAAGUAAAGAAAUCCAGAAGGAACCAGUGAACAGGACCAGAGAGCAGCAGAAGCCUAGAAAAACUGACAGAUAUCAUGAAACAGAUGAGGACUUUCCCAGGGGCCCAAAGAGCCACUCUUCUGUUGGUGGUUUUAAAACCCACAAGUCUCACAAAUCUUUGCACCGUUCAUCACACUUUCACAAGCCAAGAGAAGACAAGUUUCCCAGAGAGGGCAGGCCGGGCAAGCAGAAGGAGAGACGCACAGAAGAUGAUGACAGUGAUAAUUUGUUUCUUAUUAAGCAAAGGAAAAAAAAAUCUAAGCUAUGAGAUAGCUUUUGAUUGGGCUUUGUGUAGUUUUCACAGCUAUAGCAUUUGGCAAUACUUUGACUAAGUACACUUGAAUUUUACUUUUUAUUUUUUUAAUUUCAACUAUACCUAGAGUUCCUAAACAACGACCGUGAAGAUCUCUGUUUUCUAUAAGAUUUCCAAAAGUUUGUGGAAGUGUCAUUUAAAAUAAUGCAAAUUUUCCAUGAACUGUUUGAAA